GUUUGGAACAUUGCGACCAAUUCAGAGCGGAGGAAAAGGCAAGCCCCCAGCCCAAAAAACUACUCUCUCUCCCCCCGCUGGCUGUCGCCAUUUUAAGCAGGCGACAUGCAGCUGGCCAACACUGCUGAGCCAAAGCGCAGCCCGCAAAGGCUUAAAUCUAGCUCGAGGUGUCACCAGAUUUGGAUUCUAACUUUUCGACGUCUGUAGCCGAAGGAAACAGCAAAGAAUGACGAGCAGUUCAAAGCGGAAAGAAGAAAGUCAUCUGCUGAAUGGGGGUGUAAAACAGUCCACAUGGAGCAAAGCCUUCAGCAGUAAUGCUGUUUGGGAAGAGAAGGAUGAGUUUUUAGACGUGAUUUAUUGGCUCCGACAAAUUAUUGCAGUAAUCCUUGGUGUGAUAUGGGGUGUUGCACCGUUGAAAGGAUUUCUGGGAAUAGCCAUAUUCUGCAUCAUCAACGCUGGCGUCCUUUACGUAUACUUCAGCAGCUUUCAGCAGAUCGAUGAGGAAGAGUAUGGUGGCACGUGGGAACUCACCAAAGAAGGCUUCAUGACAUCUUUUGCUCUGUUUCUGGUGGUGUGGAUAAUCUUUUACACAGCUCUACAUUUUGACUGAGAGGAAUCUGUAGGACACUAAAUACGAACAUUUCCGUUGAAGUAAAUUGUCAAGACACAGGAACUCCAUGACUUGAGGAGUGUCAAUGCUCCUACAUACAAUAUGACUUCUCAGUGUGCAGUGCAACAUGGGAAUCCUAGUUUGAAUAACAAGAUACCGCAAGACCACCGUGAUGAACAUGUUCAAAUACUGUGCUCUCUUAAUUUGAGGGCUCCUUCUUAAGGAGCUCUCCAAUACACUACCCAUUUGUUGUAUUUCCUUCCUCACUUCAUUCUCAUCAUCUCUGACAUGGUUGUCUCACCACAGGGUCGUUCCUCUGCUUUAGCAGAGUGACAUGAAAACUGAUUUUCAACUGUAAAGAUGCCAACCUGAAUGUGUAUUCAUCCCAGUACACUGCUCAUGAGCUGAGAACUGGGCAAUAAAAACAGUCAUACAGUCAUUACAAUUCAAUCUGUCCAUGAGUGUAAAGUGUUACUUUUAAUUUAGGGACAAAAUACACCAUAUCAGAUGUACUAAACUACCAAUAAUGGAUUAAUUCUGUGGCUUUACAGUUAAAAUUUCACUCCAAAAUGAUGUUUGUCUUUAUAAGGAAUUAAUUUAGACCUGGCAAAACAAUUAUAUAUAAAGUUGCAUGACUGUGAAGCACCUUAUAGAUUACUGUUAAGGUUACCAGCUACAGUAUGUGUCUGGUUUCAAGGGUGGAGUUGUCAUUUUUCAUGAAUCAUUAUUAGGUGACUAAGAGCUUCAUUUUUUGUUUUUUUUUCCCACUAAAUAUAAACAAAGCAUCUUUGAAUGAAAUCUGUCAAUUGUUAUUUCUAAAAGGUCUGGUGUCCAACUAAUUGUGAAAACUCAAGGCUGACCCCUGCUGAAAUCUGACAUGUGCUACUUUCAACAUCAAACACUGGUUGUAAGAUACAUCUAUCAGCUGAUAUCUAAUCCUAUUGCCAGUAUCUGCCAGUAGAAUCAAUGAGCUGUAAUGUCAGUCAGGAGCUAGUAAUCAUCUGAGUUAUCUGUCCAUCCAAAUUAAUUCCUUAAAGCAAAGAGGGAGGAAACUUGCAUGUUGUGUUCAGAUACAAAUGUCCACAGAUUUAAGCGAAAACCUGGUCUGUGCACUGCCAUGAUUUGCUGUUCGUAUCUAGAUGUCAUUUAUUAAUGGCAUUAGUUAGGGGGGUAGAAAUAAUUUAAAUUUAUUAUUAUCUCACAUGUAGCUUCCAGAUCAAAGUCUUACCUGUUGUUUUGGAAUUAAUUUAAACUUGUCUGUAAAUUCUGUACAAUGUCCCAUUUGUCAAAUCCACCUUGUAUUACACAGAUUUAUUUGUACUGUUAUAUGUGUUAUAUCUUGUUUGAUGUAACAUAUUUCUCAGUAUUUUAUAGUGAAGAACUUUUAAAAACAGUUCUUGCAAAGUUAUUGUAACGAUACUGUUAUAUUAGAUAUGCAGCUGGUGUUUGAAAGGAUUGUAUUUUCUGAUCAAAUCUUUUGGGAAUCAUUAAACAUGGGCUUUAUUUGGCCUCCAUUUUCAAAGA